UUACCCGCACAGCAACUCAGUGGCGUUUUCCUUUUUUUUAUUUUUUUGUUUGUGGUGAUAAGUGUCUCUGUCUACCGUGAUAACUUUUUCAGAGAAAAAUGGCUGCAGAAGAGGGACAAGUUAUCGGUUGCCACUCUGUAGAGGCAUGGAACGAGCAGCUUCAGAAGGGCAACGACUCCAAAAAGCUGAUGGUUGUUGAUUUUACUGCUUCAUGGUGUGGACCAUGCCGUUUCAUUGCACCAUUCCUGGCAGAGCUGGCUAAGAAACUGCCAAAUGUUGUAUUCCUGAAGGUGGAUGUGGAUGAAUUGAAGUCGGUUGCUCAAGAUUGGGCAGUGGAGGCAAUGCCAACAUUCAUGUUUCUGAAAGAAGGGAAAAUUGUGGACAAAGUGGUAGGAGCAAAGAAAGAUGAACUGCAGCAGACCAUUGCCAAGCACAUGGCUACUGCUUCUGCUUGAUGACCAUAAUUUUCAUUUUGCCCGUAGGAGGCUCUAGAUUUCAAUAUAUAUGCUUGUUAUCGGUCCUUUAUAUAAGAAAAAGACUUUAGACUGGUACUAUAUUCUGUGUGCUUUUCAUCCCCAUUUUAUAUUACAUAUACUUACAUAGAGAGUAUUUAUCUCAUUUCAUGAUUUUUCAGUCAUUUAAUGAGUAGAUAUUCUUAAAUAUUUGGAAUAUAAAUAAAAUAGAAUUUUAUA